AUGUCUUCAAUCAAAUCAUAUCGUAUUGCCUCCAUCCCCGGUGACGGUAUCGGCCCUGAGGUAGUCAGUGCUACAAUUCAAGUCGUCGAGAAGCUCGCAAAGACUCUGGGCACUUUCAAUAUCAACUUUGAUCAUAUCCCAUGGGGAACUGCAUACUACAAGGAGACCGGCAAAUAUGUCUCUGAAGACUGUCUUGACACUCUACGAAAAUACGACGCCGGUCUAUUUGGCGCUGUUGGCGCACCAGAUGUACCCGACCACAUUUCUCUUUGGGGUCUCCUGCUUGCUCUUCGCGGCCCCCUGCAGCUAUACGCAAACGUCCGGCCUGUGAAGACCUUCCCGGGAACAAAGUGCCCUCUCAACACUGCAACCAAAGGAAUCGACUGGAUGCUUGUGCGAGAAAACUCAGAGGGCGAGUAUGCCGGACAAGGUGGCCGUUCACACGUUGGACAACCAUGGGAAGCCGCUACCGAAGUGGCCAUCUUCACCCGCCAUGCCAUCGAGCGCAUCAUGCGGUUUGCAUUUGAGACCGCUCAGUCACGUCCACGCAAGCUUUUGACUGUUGUCACAAAGAGCAACUCCAUGCGCAAUGGACUGGUUCUAUGGGAUGAGAUUGCUGCCUCUGUCGCAAAGGACUUCCCGGAUGUUACUUGGGACAAAAUGCUUGUGGAUGCGAUGACCGUUCGCAUGGUUGGAAAGCCUGAUUCUAUCGAUACAAUUGUCGGUACAAACUUGCACAUGGAUAUUUUGUCUGAUUUGGCUGCUGCGUUGGCUGGCUCGAUUGGUGUUGCGCCUUCGAGCAACCUCGAUCCCUCGCGUGAGAACCCUUCGCUCUUCGAGCCUGUUCAUGGAAGUGCAUUCGAUAUCACAGGGAAGGGCAUUGCAAACCCGGUCGCCACCUUCUGGUCAGCAGCAGAGAUGCUCAUCUGGAUUGGCGAGAAGGAUGCGGCGGCGAAGUUGAUGAGUUGUGUGGAGAGUGUUUGCUCUGCUGGUAUUUUGACACCUGAUUUGGGUGGAACUUCAAACACUCAAGGGGUAGUUGAUGCUGUUUGUGCAGAGAUUGAAAAGCUGCGCUGA